AUGUCUGUUGACUUUUACCUUGAACAUGUAAAAGGUAUUCUUGAUGAAGUCAAAGGCGACAUGAAAAAGAUUGAAUCUGAUAAAUCUGAAUGGAAAAUCACAAUAAUUGACAACAUGCUCGAUAAAAUUCAUGGAGCCAAAGAAUCUUUGAAAGAAAUACAAAGCGAAAUGAAUUUAGUACCUACUACAGAAAAGUAUAACGUUAUGAAAUCGGUCCAACAAUAUUCAAAUGAUAUCGAAUUAAUCGAAAAUUCACUUAACAACAACAGACAGCGAUCUCAAUUGAUGGCUGGUGCUACACCACAAUCAAUGGGUGUCCAAGAAUCGCUGAUUGGCAUCUCUCAGACAAUGAGCGAAACAAAUAAUAUCGGAAAUGGAAUUUUGACACAGUUAUCGAACCAAAGAAACAAACUUAUGCACGCACAUGGAAACGUUCAUCAAAUAGAUGACACAGUUUCUCAAGCAAGACAAGUUGUUCAAAGAAUGAUACAAAGAGCUAAUCAGAACAAGCUAAUUGCAUACGGAUGUGUUGCUUUGUUAGUUAUUGGUAUCCUUUUAGUACUUUAUAUUUACUUUUAA